UCAAUUAUUCGAUUGCGUAAAAUGAGCGAGGGCAGCGCGCGAACAACAUAUGCACGAAGCUUUUAUUUUAAGUCCACUCAUAAAUAUUCCACCCUGCCCCAAAUUUACAAUUGAUCUGACGACAGUACAGCAACAGUCAGCCAAUGGAAAUCCAAGUUCCACUAGUUGAAACACUAGUUAAGGUGGCAACACAUCUCCAGCGGUGGAUUUAUGGGAGACGGUUGGCAAAACAGAAAUGAAAAAAUAUGGUACCAGCCGAAACUGCGAUCGGAAAAUCCGAGAUCUGCGAAGAAAUUAUAUCCGGCAAUAAACUACAACGCGAUACAAGCCGAACCACUCACAGUCGUCUCGGGGAUGCGUACUUUGCGCGUCCGUUUCGCCGGUCCGCGCAUUGAGAAAAGGAAUUGACUGCUUUGCCUUUGGAUACAUUCAUCGGUGGCAUACGCGUUUUGCGUUACCAGAUUUCUUGCCGAUUGAAAUGGACACGGCACAGGUUGGAUCUGGCCAGGGAACGGCGAUGCCCAUCAAGAGAAAUCCCUAAACUUGCGUUUUUUCGGCUGCUGACCGUCACGUUUCCAGGGAGAGUUUGUGUAACCCAGGCAUAUCACGAACCACUUCACGGAUUAUUAUACAGUCGGGGUAAGGAGGAAGCAGUGUCUUCGAGGUUAUGGAUUGGUCAUGAUGUUUAACCACAUUUAAUCGGAUGAUACCCCGAUCUGGAGCUGCACUACAGUGAACUGGGCCAUUCCUGCACAAGAAAAUGCAUAUCUGGAUACUGAAAAUAAUAUUGCUGCUUUCCACAUCUCGAAGUCUGGCUGAGAUGUACGACAGUUAUGGGGAAAUCUGCAGGAAUCUGUGCACGUGCGAGGAGAAAGAAGGCAUUCUGACGGUCAGUUGCGAGAAUCGAGGCAUUGUGCGACUGUCCGAAAUAAGCCCGGUGCAUUUUUCCAUGUACCAUCUUUUGCUGACAGGCAAUUUGUUGAAACGAUUAGCUGUCGAUGACUUCAUCAACUACACUGGAGUUACUAUUUUGCAUUUAGGUAAUAAUGACAUUUCUGAAGUGGAGACCGGAGCAUUUAACGGACUCCAGGGAUUAAAGAGAUUACAUUUAAACAACAACAAAAUAGACAUGCUUAGGGACGACACGUUCACCGGACUCGAGAGCCUAGAAUAUCUUCAGAUUGAUUAUAAUUUCAUUAGCAUCAUUGAACCGAACGCUCUGAGCAGGCUUCAUCAGCUGACUGUGCUUAUUUUAAAUGACAAUCUGUUGUCCUCUCUUCCCACGAACAUUUUUCGGAAUGUGCCAUUGACGCACCUGGACCUCAGGGGGAACCGGUUAAAAAUGUUCCCUUACAUCGGACUUUUGGAGCACAUGGACAAAGUGGUGGAAUUACAGCUGGAGGAAAACCCGUGGAACUGUUCGUGUGAGCUCAUAGCACUCAAGGCUUGGCUGGAAAGCAUAGCCUACACCGCUUUGGUGGGGGAGGUGGUUUGCGAGACUCCUUUCAGGCUUCACGGCAGAGAUCUCGAUGAGGUCUCAAAACAGGAACUGUGUCCCAGGAGGGCCAUAUCAGAGUACGAGAUGCGCCCUCCGCCACCGCUCAGCACCGGUGGCUAUUUUCAGACCACGCCGGCGGCCGUGACUGCCUCGGCCACGUCUUCGGCGGUCCUCCGCUCUUCAUCCAGGCCGACCAAGGGCACCCGUCAGUCCAGCAAGACCAAGUCCAAGCCUACGUCUCGAAUUCCGGCCAACCCCUUCAACUAUGGGCCCAUCAUUGCUUUUCAGACCAAAUCUCCUGUGCCUUUGGACUGCCCGACCACCUGUACAUGCAAUCUGCAAAUCUCUGACCUGGGCUUAAACGUCAACUGCCAGGAAAGAAAGAUCGAAAACAUAUCAGAUCUAAAGCCCAAGCCAUACAAUCCCAAAAAGAUGUACCUCACAGGGAAUUACAUCCCCGUCGUAAGGAGAUCUGACUUUGUGGAGGCUGAGGGAUUGGAUUUACUGCACCUGGGAAACAAUAGGAUAGCACUCAUACACGACAGGGCCUUUGGGGAUUUAAUUAACCUACGCAGGCUGUACUUGAAUGGAAAUUUGAUUGACAGACUCACAGCAGAUAUGUUCUUUGGCCUAAAGAAUCUGCAGUACUUGUAUUUAGAAUAUAAUAAGAUUAGAGAGAUUGUAGGCGGCACCUUUCGCUUUGUGCCCAACCUUCAGCUGCUUUUCUUGAAUAACAAUCUUUUAAAAACUUUGCCAGGAGGCAUCUUCUCUAGUCUGUCUCUCGCACGGCUCAACCUUCGCAGUAACCACUUUCAAAAUCUGCCCGUGAGUGGAGUUUUGGACCAGCUGAAGGCGCUGGUUCAGAUCGACCUGUUCGAGAACCCUUGGGAUUGCACGUGCGACGCGGUUGGCAUGAAGAUCUGGCUGGAGCAGCUGAACACCGGAGCGGUGGUCAAUGACGUCAAAUGCGUGACACCCAAGCGGCUCGCGGGACAAGACGUGCGGGUCGUCCCCUCCGAGCAGCUGUGUCCUGAUUAUUCGGACGUGGUCGUGUCCACCGUGGUUCCGUCCGAGGAGCCUUUUGCCGACAGGGUCACCACUACCGAAACACCACUGAGGUUCAACACCCCUUCCGGUAAUGUUCCUUUGUCUGUCCUGAUUCUCAGUCUCCUCCUUGUUUUCAUCAUGUCAGUCUUCGUGGCCGCCGGCCUGUUUGUUGUGGUGAUGAAAAGACGCAAAAAGUCUCAGAGCGACCGUGCCAGCACGAAUAACUCGGACGUGAGCUCCUUCAACUUGCAGUACAAUCUCUAUAGCAAUCGGUCCGUCCCCAAGGUCAAAGCCCCUGCAGGGCACGUCUACGAGUACAUCCCGCAUCCGUUGGGUCAUAUGUGCAAAAACCCAAUCUACAGGUCCAGAGAGGGCAACACUGUUGAGGAUUAUCCCGACCUUCAUGAACUAAAGGUCACAUACAGGAGUAAUGCAGAUGAGGACCAGGAGGUCACCUUGAGAAGUUCAGCUUACACAGUUAGCACCAUUGAACCACGUGAGCAGCCGUCUCCUGUUCAGGAUGCAGAACAUUUCUUCCGAGGGAUUUUGGAGCCGGAUAAAUCUCCAUCAACGGCUGGCAACAGAUUUGAAUAUAAAUACACUGGCCCAGUACCGUACACGUACCAACCAAACUUCGACGUCAGGCGCCAGUACUUGCAUCCCGAUGGAAUACGAGAGACUAUGCUGUAUGGUACGGCACCAAGUACUGUUUUUGUGGAGCCCAAUAGAAACGACUAUUUGGAACUAAAAGCAAAACUUCAAAUAGAGCCGGACUACCUCGAAGUUCUUGAGAAACAGACGACACAGAGCCAGUUUUAAAGCUUGGCCCAUAUAUAAAUGCAGUGAAAGCAUUUUCCCCCCUUGUACUGACUAAAACUGGAGGGUGCCUUGGCACGACAUACACCAACUUAAAAAAAACACGAAUAAAAUCCUAACCUUCAGUGGGGUGUGCCGAACUACGUUACUUUAAUUUCAGAAUCACAUGGCAUUACAGAAAUAAAUAGGAAGGAAAUAGAGCUCGAGGAACUUGGAUGAAAGCACGAGGUGCAAUUUAAAACUGGCAAAGCAAAAUCUAUUUUUUUAAGCCGAAGAUUGAAUACACGUAAAUCUAAGUGUACAGGUUAAUCUCACCCAAAUACAUUUUCAGGAAUAUAAUCAUACAAACGGUGUGAAUUUCUUUGGGUUUGGUGAUGGGGAAAGGGGUUUACAUACAAGAGCAAAAGAGAAAAAAUAAACACUAUGUCAGCGCAUCCAACCGGGCAGGACAAUUUCUCUGCUUUAGUCUGUAAGUAAGUACUGUAUUUAUUGGUAUACUCUUUGCCAUGUAUUUUCGACAUUUUUUCAACGCUCAUCGAUAUUAUGUGUGUCACGUCCCAUGAUUCUCUGUACGAGCAUUUUGUUUGUGGUUUCAGAUCACUUACUGUAGCUUGCAUUGUACAAGUGGCUUUCUUUAAGCGGUGGCACACCCCAAUGUGAAAGAGAGACUUUGCAUCAUUCGACGAUUUGAAAAGGAAAAGUGUCUUUGUAUGCUGUUCUGCACUUUUUUGGAAGAUGGAAGGCCGUGGGGGUCUUCCCAGCUAACAUUAGAAGAAAUAUUAUAUAUUAAAAAUGAAUCUGUGUAUUCAUUCUUAAUAUGUAUUUUUAAUAUCUUAUCGAAAUUCAUAAAUAAUAAUUGAAGUAAUAAUUAUGUUGUGUAAUACUGAUAUUUUAAUGUAACACCUAUUUUUAUACAAGCAUUCGCAAAUCCUUUUCCCUUAUCGGUUUCAUUGUUUCGAUUGCUUUGCACUUAUUGCACUAUAUUGACCAAAAUAUGUUUAUGUCAUCAAUAAAUAUGAUGUCCGGUUCUUAUAGACCUUUGUUGGGAAUUCAAACGGGGUUUAAUUACAUCUGACACCUGGUAACCAAUAGUUGCGGGACUGGUGUAAGUCCACGGAAGAUAAUUCAAUAGCUUGAAUCAAUAUGCCGAGUCAAUAGUGAGUGAACCUCUCAACUCAGGUGGUGUUUAUGUGUUGGUUUUGUGGCAGGUGAGCAGUUAACACCAGGCCAUAGUAAAUAAGGGUACAAAUAAUCAGUAAUCUUACACCAAUUAUUCUUAAAGAUGAGUUCAAAGAGGACUUGACAUUAGGAUUUGCAUUAAAUAAACAAUUGGUUAAACCCUGUCAAAUAACUUCAUGCUACUUUAAAAGUGGUUUAAAAGAACUUCUCCGCCCGCACUCAUUUGCCCUCCGGACCGUGACGGACUAAUAUAUUGGUAAAGCUUUUUCUGCCGGUGGAUUUUAAAUUGCUGUGUGAAGUAUUGAGAGAGGAAGCUGACCUGGCUCUCUACUCAAUGAUAAAGAGCUCUGCUUUGUACCCAAUGCUUCACUAGACUCAAGGGUCCUAUUCCACUUUAAGCUUGAUGUGGAUCUUUUUAUAGCGGUGGAAAAUGAAGGCUCCGUCCGAGGAUGAGGGGCUUGAAUAAUUCGGGCGACCUGACAACUUGUCUUCGUGGCAUGAAGAGUCUGAGUCACGAAGUUGUACCGCCACAAAGGGCUAUUAUGAGAGGACAGACCUUGGCAUAGUGUUGCAUACUGAUUCGCUGCUCGGGGAUGUUAAUGUAAUUAAUGUGGAAAGGUUGAUUGUCAGGUGACGGCACAUUUAAUCCAGGUGUGCUUAUUUAAAUCGUAUCGGUUAUGAAGUGGUCUGAAGUUUUUUUCUUGAUGAAUGUUAUGUCAUUGGUUGCGUUUUAAUGACUGUGUUUCAUUUUUAGGAAAAGAAACGGAAAGAAAGAAAUGUUUGGCAUUAAGCUAAUUCUUUAGAAAUCCUUAAAGAACAUUAUAACUUUCAUCUGGAUCAUUUAUUGUAAACUUACUGUAAAGUAACUGGACUCAAUCUUAAAUCCAAGAGUAUUGUAUCAUCAAAGAGGCCUUGUUGUCCAAAACACAUUUUAGGGAUGUCUUAGUAAAGGGUUUUUGCCCUAUCACCAAAAUGAUUGGCAACACUUUACAUUAAGAUUUUAUUUGUUAACAUUAGUUGAUGCAUGGGCUACUAGGAACAUGUAUUUCAGCAUUUAAUAGUUUUUGUUAAAGCCAAUACAAUUGUUCAUGUUAGUUCAUGUUAGUGCAUUAACCUCCUAAGACCUGAUGUGUUCACAUACGUGGACAUCACAUUUUUUGUUGUUUUCACCAUGAUGCUUAAUUCUUUGUAACUAGAACCUGUUGUACACAAACGUGGACAAUUACUGCUUCAUGUUUAAAGGAAAAUAUUUGGUUAUUAUAUUUAUUGGUUCUUACUAACCCCAAAUAGCUGAAAAAAAAAUCUAAAAUGCAAGCCAAACCAAAGUUCGGGUUUAAGGAGAUUAAGUAAUGUUAUGCGUUAUUUUUUAUAUAAAUAUAUGUGACUCUGGAGCACCCAACCGUCAUGAGUUGCACGGGUGUAUUUGUUGCAAUUGCCAACAAUAUAUGUAUGGGUCAAAAUGAUCAAAUUUCUUUUUUUUUUUUUGACAAAAAAUAUUCAGAUAUUAAGUAAAGAUACUGUUUCAGGAAGAUUUUUAGUAUUUUUUUAAAAUAAAUAUUAUUAUUCUUUUUUAAAUUGUUAAUAUGUGUUGCUCAGGACUUCAUUUGGACAACUUUAAAUUUAAAAAAAAUUUUGCACCUCCAGAUUUUCAAAUAGUUGCUUCUCGGCCAAAUAUUGUCCUAUUCUUACAAACCAUACAUCAUUGGAAAGCUCAUUUAUUUUAUAUUGUUUAUGGUCACAUACACUG